AUGUCAGCAACUACUCAGUUUUUCUGUCGUCAACCUAAAUCUAUUGAUUUAAUACAGGAUUACGAAGAAAUCACAACAUUUCCUAAACCUACUGCUGAAUGCCGUGCUGCUUUAUAUUCAAGUAAUGGCGAAUAUUUUGCUUAUACUCAACCGAAUGAAGUGGUAGUGGUUAGGACCACUAAAGAGGCACCAUUGCAAACCAGAAUCGAUUUGCCAGAAGUCUUCGAUAUAUAUUUUUCACCAAAUGGUACUUACUUGUGCUUGUGGUGUAAACCGAUUUUACAGGAUAAGGAAAGUGGAGUAUGGAAUAAAAAUGUGAAAAUUUUCAAUAUUAAUUCUAAUAGCAUUAUUAGUGAAUGGUCGAAUAAACAUCAAGCUGGAUGGAAACCACAAUUCACGCAAGACGAAAAGCUCUUUGCUAAAAAUGUCAAUAACAAGGAGCUCCAUUUUUUUGAUGUCACGAAUUCUAGUAAUGAAGAAAUUAAUAUUAAUCAACCCACCUAUAAGUAUAAGCUUAGUGAUCCGAAGGCUACUUUCCAAAGCUUUCAAAUGAGUCCAGGUUUAAAUCCAUCCAUUGCAAUUUUUAUCCCAGAGAAGAAUGGUAAACCAGCAAGUGUCGUGAUUUACAAUGUACCAAAUUUCAAUCAGCCAAUUUGCCUGAAGAAUUUCUUUAAAGCUGAAAGAUGUCAAUUAAAGUGGAAUUCGAUUGGUACUGCAUUAUUAGCAUUAGCAUCUACAGAUCACGAUACCACCAACAAGUCUUACUAUGGGGAAACCAACCUUUAUUUGUUAGGAAUUGCAGGAUCAUAUGACUCAAGAAUUGACUUGAAAAGAACUGGUCCUAUUCAUGAUAUCACCUGGUCUCCUUCUGCAAGAGAGUUUGCCGUUGUGUAUGGCUACAUGCCAGCCGAUACAACAUUUUUUGAUGCCAGAGGUAAUGCUAUCUUCUCAUUACCAACUGCACCAAGAAAUACUAUAUUGUAUUCUCCACAUGCCAGAUAUGUAUUAGUAGCCGGUUUUGGUAACUUGCAAGGUACAGUUGAUGUAUAUGACCGUCAAAAUAAGUUUUCAAAGGUAGUAACUUUCGAAGCUGCAAAUACUUCGGUAUGUGAGUGGUCGCCAUGUGGAAGAUACAUAUUGACAGCCACCACAUCACCAAGAUUGAGAGUCGAUAAUGGGUGUAAGAUUUGGCAUGCUAGUGGUAAAUUGGUUUAUUUGAAGGAAUACCAAGAAUUAUAUUCGAUCACUUGGAAGCCCCAAAGCUUGGAUAAGUUUCCCCCAUUAAGAAACUUGGAAGAUGCACCUGUCGCACAUGAAUCUACAAAAGAAUAUUUAGCAAAGAAGCAAGCUAAUGACUUGAGUGCUGCUCAGAAGCCUAGUGGAGCAUAUCGUCCACCCCACGCCAGAAAUUCUGGCAGCAGUGCCAGAACGUCAUUAUAUCAAAAGGAAUUACAAUCAAGCAGCUCGCUUUCUGGAUCGAACGGCAACGGUGCCAGAACCAGAGUGGUCCCAGGUGCUGCUCCGGUAGAUAACACUCCUAAAGAAAGCAAAAGUGCCGCCAAGAACAGGAAGAAGAGGGAGGCUAAAAAACAACAACAAGACGAAGGACAACAGACCGGAUCGCCAUCGAACAGCGUCGAAAGUGUCCAAAAGGACAAUGAAACUUCAGAAAGUGGCGUCAUUGGCGGUGUAAGCUCGUUGGAAGAGAAGAAAAUCAGAUCGUUGUUGAAAAAAUUGAGGGCCAUAGAAACAUUGAAAAUGAAGCAGGCCAAUGGCGAAAUUUUGGAAGACACCCAGGUGUCCAAAAUUAAAAAGGAGGACGACAUUAGAAAAGAAUUACAUCUGUUAGGAUGGUCUGAUUAG